CAUGUUUUCAUGUCUGGAUGGUGUAACGGCGCAGGUCUUCAUCAUUGCAUGGGGUUGAUGUCCAGCUGGCAGAAGCGAAGGAUUUGCAAAAUAAUAACUGGCCUUUGAGAUCGGAGACAAGUCGACAAAUCAGCUGACAUCAUGGGCAAAGUGCAGGGCGGGAUGAAAUGCGUGAAAUAUCUGCUCUUCGCAUUCAACUUCAUCUUCUGGCUGUCGGGGUUGCUGGUGCUGGCGGUGGGACUGUGGCUCAGGUUUGACCCAGAGACUGUGGAGCUCCUGACAGGCGAUGGCGCUCCUUACACCUUCUUCAUAGCUGUGUACAUCCUCCUCGGUGCAGGAGGGCUGAUGAUGAUCGUGGGGUUCUUCGGUUGUUUCGGGGCGGUGCGUGAGUCGCAGUGUCUCCUCGCAUCGUUCUUUGCUUGCCUUUUGAUAAUCUUUGGAGCGGAGAUCACUGCCGGCGUGUUUGGAUUCCUAAACAAGGAACAGAUUGCUGAGGAAGUCCAAAAGUUCUACAGUAGCUCCGUCUCCGAUACCAGCAAUCCCAAUGGAACCGCAAUAGCGUUAAUUUACCACAAAACUCUGAACUGCUGUGGAAGUUCCACACCGGAAGUGACUAACAUGUUGUGUGUAGAUGUUCCAGAGGACACCCAGGACUGUCUGACGGCAAUAACAGAUUUCGUCAAUGAAAAGCUGCACAUCAUUGGAUACGUAGGGAUUGGAAUAGCUGGAGUGAUGAUCCUAGGAAUGAUCUUCAGUAUGGUGCUGUGUUGUGCCAUCAGGAACAGCAGGGAGGUUAUAUAGAUGAUGAGCUGAUCCCCCUCCUCUCCAACCCCACCGACUGAGACCACCACACACUCACUCAACCCUUCGUAAUCAACCCAUCCGCAUGAGAAGGGCACCAAAGUUCCAUUCCAGUGUCACCUCUUGUAGUCCAGAUUGUGGUGGGGAGGUCCACCGAGAGACAACAAGAACUCCCACUCAGUCCCAGUUGUCCACAGACCACGUUCAACACGAUACGCUGGAUCGUCCACUCCUCCUCCUCCUCCACUCCACCAGCACUGAAAUACUAAUUUACUUCUCUGUUCGUUUCCAUAACACGCUCUGCUUUCAGCGCAAGCCUGUGACAUUCCUCGCUUUUAACAUCCUGAUGUUAGACCGCUGGUGCUGCGCUGCAGCUGAACACGGUUCAUGAAGCCUUCUUUGACGCAGGAAUGUUGCGACUGAGGAGUGUUGCUGUAAAUACGGACACCUAUUUUACAGGGCUGGACCCGAAUAUCCGAAUAUCCGAAUAUUCGGUCGUGACGGUGGUAUCUGAAUAUUUAUUUUGAGAUCCGAAUAUUCAGAUUCCAUCCCCCAACCCCGUCGGACGAUGUCACGUGAUCAGUAUUCGUCUCGUCAAUUCGCCUGACGUAUCUCCCCCGAAUAUUCGGCUAUUCGUCAUUAAUCGGCCCAAUAUCCGGAGCCCAUAAACUGCUAUUCGGGCCAGCCCUACUAUUUUAUACAUCUGCUGUUAACAUUAUUUAUUCUGAGCCCUUUCUAGCCCCUCUAGGCCUAAUGCCAAUCAUACCUUGUGUGCUUAAGUGUUUUGAGGACUAGCCUACCUUUGCAAAGUACAUUUCCGUUACGUGCCUAUUUAGUCACACAGUCAAGCCUCCAACUACUGUACUAUCUGCCUACUUGUUGUGAUCUCAAUAUGUACAUUAUGACUGUGCUCCCUGCCACCUCUCUCAAGUAUUUCUACUGUAAAGCACAAUAGAGAAAGUGUAGACAUGAUAUCAACCCAAAGGGUUAGGACGGUCUUAUGAUAAACUGCCCCUCUAAAUCUGCAAUUUUAACUGAGUUUAUAAGUGAGUUACUUAACGUUUUGCGCUGAGCUCUUCUGGAGCGUGUCUGAACUGUAACAGUGAGCUAGUUUGCAUUCUUUUUGUGUGUGUGUGGUUUUAUUGUGGAUGUAAAUUUUGUUGGUGUGCCAAUAAGAUGUGAAUCAUAGAAUAAUAUAGUUUAUGUCAUACUGUUAACCAUAAUAAAAACAUCGGGUGCUUUUA